AGACUCAUUGGCUCACAUCCACACAGUGGCAGCGCUGCCAGUAGAAAGAGUACAGUCAAGAAAAGUCAAAAACUUGAUUCACUUGCUGAGGGGGGACCGCGGUGCCACUUGGGCGGUGGGACUCCAGGUACAUCGCUGGCUCUCGGAGAACCAGAGGCGGGAAAGGUGAGCCGGCCGCCCCCGACACAGCCUUCGGUCCCCCCACCACCAGCCCCCACGCUAGGGUGGAGCCUCCGUCGGUCCGGCCUGCUCCGCAGCAGAGCCCGCCGCCCGGCCCGCGCCCGCGGCCCCGAAGUCAGGCUAGUGUCCCCCGCCUAGCCGCUCGGCUGCCCCGGUCACGGCGGGGCGCAGCUCGAGCUCUGGCCUGGGACCCCGCCGCCCCCGCCCGCUGGCGCCCUCCGUCCCCUCCCCCGGGCGGGAGGAGGAGACUCCACCGCCCUCCCUCGGCCUCCCUGCGGCGGCCGCAGCCAGCAGCGUGCCCACUCCACCCAGCCGCGGCAGCCCGACGUCCUGAUCCCGGCGGCCCAGGACCGAGCUGGUGGUAUCUGCAAGCUUCUUCCCCACCCCCGGCUUCAGCUCCUCUACCUUAAUUGGGAAUACUCAGCCCCCCUUCAGAGACUUUGUCCAGUGGGAUUGGUUCAAGUUGGCACAAGGACUGCUCAUCUGUUGGGACAGAAGAAUCUUCUUAGUGCCUUUCUCCAUCCUCGAGGUCCGACGAGGCGUCCCCCACCCGGUGGCCAGGAGAGCUGUGGGGCGCAGUUGCCACCAUGCCACGGAGUAUCGCGCCCGCACCGGGUUUUCUCCGCUGCCCUUGAGCCCCGGCUGCGAGUUCGAGCCUAGCGCCCACCUGCCUGCGCCAUGAGCCACGGACCGAGCCCCCGGCUGGCGGAGUCCCCGCAACUGUCUAAGGGCAGCCUCCUGACCAUACUGGGCAGCCCGUCACCCGAGCGCAUGGGGCCGGCCGACUCGCUGCCGCCCACGCCGCCCAGCGGCACGCCUUCGCCUGGGCCCCCCGUGCUGCCCUUGCCGCCACCGCCUGCGCUGCUUGCCGACGGGGACUGGGAGAGCCGCGAGGAGCUGCGGCUACGGGAGCUGGAGGAGGCGCGCGCGCGGGCGGCGCAGAUGGAGAAGACUAUGCGCUGGUGGUCAGACUGCACGGCCAACUGGCGCGAGAAAUGGAGCAAAGUGCGAGCCGAGCGCAACCGCGCGCGCGAGGAGGUGCGCCAGCUGCGCCAGCGCCUGGACGCGCUCACCAAGGAGCUGGCGGGCGCGCGGCGCGAGCGCCAGGAGGCACAGGGCGAGUGCGAGGCGCGGGGCCGAGAACUGGCGCGGCUGCGAGGUGCCCGGGGCGUUGCGGACAAGACUCAAGACGGCCCUGAGCCUGACGCCGCCGAACGGGAGCACGAGCCAGUGCGCGACAUCGGGUCGGAGAGGCCGCAGGGCAGCCAGGAGCUGGAGCUUGUGGAGACCCUGCUGAAGAGCAGACCAGAGGAGCCAGAGGGCUGCUGGGAGGCACGCAGCGUGGGGUCUGGGGGCCCACGGGGCAGCUCAGGCCGCCAGGAGCGCAGCCGGCUCCCCUGGGAGGACACAGCUGCCACUGAGGAGGAUGCCUCCAAGUUGACCGCCCUUCGGCUUCGGCUGGAUGAGUCCCAGAAAGUGCUGCUCAAGGAGCGAGAGGACAAACUGGCACUGAGCAGGAACAUUGAGAGGCUGGAGGGGGAGCUGAGCCAGUGGAAGAUCAAGUAUGAGGAGCUGAGCAAGACCAAGCAGGAGAUGCUCAAGCAACUUAGCAUCCUAAAGGAGGCACACCAGGACGAGCUGGGCCGAAUGUCCGAAGACCUAGAAGACGAGCUGGGUGCGCGGUCCAGCAUGGACAGGAAGAUGGCUGAGCUGCGGGGCGAGAUGGAGAGGCUGCAGGCUGAGAAUGCAGCAGAGUGGGGCCGCCGAGAGCGACUGGAGACUGAGAAGCUGGGCCUGGAGCGGGAGAACAAGAAGCUGAGGGCACAGGUCGGGGACCUGGAGGAGGCGCUGGCCCGGCGGCGGCGGCAGACAACCAGCGCCCUGGACUGUGACCUGCGGGCCAGCCAGGCCGCACUCUUUGAGAAGAAUAAGGAGCUGGCAGAUCUGAAGCACGUGCAUGGUAAGCUGAAGAAACAGUUCCAGGAGAAGGUGGCUGAGCUAGCCCACACUAACCGGCGGGUGGAACAGCAUGAGGCUGAGGUGAAGAAGUUGCGGCUGCGGGUGGAGGAGCUCAAGAAGGAGCUAGCCCAGGCCGAGGAUGAGCUGGACGAGGCCCACAACCAGGCGCGGAAGCUGCAGCGGUCACUGGACGAGCAGACAGAGCAGAGUGAGAACCUGCAGGUGCAGCUGGAACACCUGCAGUCCAGGCUCCGCAGGCAGCAACAGAAUGCCCCCCUUUUCGGGAAGAUCCGCAGUACCCGCUUUGGCACCGAGGAGGCUGGAGAUGGAGCCAGCGACCUGGAUGAGGACGAGGACCUGCAAAUCCAGGUGGCCUAGGGCCUCCCAGGGCUGGACAAGACUGGCCCGAAGCCACAGGCCCCCAGCUGGCCAGCCCUUCAGACUGAUGCAGCUGGCUGUGCUCACUGUGGUGCCCAACUCUUCUUCCUUCUCUCCCAAGAGGGCAUGGGAAGCCCCGCCCCACUCUACUACUCCUAUGGAAGGGAAGCUUGUUUUAUAAAUAUAAAUAUAAAUAUAUGCACCCAGGGCUGCUCAGACCCUUUUGAUUUUAUAGACAAAGGACCGCUCAAGGCCCAGUCCAGGGGACCCCAACCAACCGGACUUCAUGCAGGGUGGGCCAGGUCUGGGGAGCUUGUGAGGGCCCCAGUCCAGAGCCCCUUGCCAUGCCUUGGUGAUCUGGCAGGACCUGUUCAUAAUACAAUGUGAUAAACCCAGGCUUCUGUAAUAAAUGGAGUUCAAGUUCUUGA